AUGUACGCUACCAACAUCGUCCUCUUCGCCAUUAGCGCCCUGACCGCAUCGGCCCACCCUCUGCUCCAGCAACGUUCCUCCUACACUGCUUGUCCCUCCGGCAUGUACGAGAACCUACAGUGCUGCAAGACCAACGUCAUUGACGUCGCCGCUUUCGAAUGCAAGGCUCCUUCCAAGGAGCCCGCCAGCUUGGAUGAGUUCAAGAGCCUCUGUGGUGCCCCUGCAGUUUCGGCUCUGUGCUGCACACUUCCUCUGGCCGGUCAGGACGUUGUGUGCAUGGAUCCCCUCCCUGACAUGUCGUCCAUGUCCUCUAUGGGAGGCUCAUCUGGCAUGCCCUCCAUGUCCGGUGCCUCUGGUUCCACUGGUCUCCCCUCCACCCGCUAA